UAGAGAGAGAUAUCAUAUAGUUUUUGUAUUUAUUUGAUUUUCUGGAGAUUAAAGAAAGCCCUAAAGACUCUCCUCCUCUCUGUUAUCUUCCAAUCCCUCAGAGGAUAUUUAAGGUUCUCUCGAUAGCUUUCUCUCUCCACAGAGAUCGUCUCUGUGAUCACGAGAGGUUGAAGUUUUAAUUGGAAGAUCAAAGUGUGAGAUGGAGAACAGAGGGCAGAAACGAAUGGAGGAUGUGGAGGAGCUACCUGCUGAUAAGAGAGCUUGUAACUCACAGGACUCCAGGACAAGCACAUCUUCUUCCGACUCGUCUGCUCAGAGCCAGUCUCAAGAAGCAGCAGCAGCAGCAGCCAAUGGAGCGAGCUCAGGGCAAGAGAACUCCGACGCUGAUAUGGAUACUUCUUCAUCUGAUUCUCCUUCUAGUUCAGAGGGAGAACAAGAACAAGAACAAGACAGGGAGGAGGACUCGGACUAUGGAACUUGCGAUUCUGAUGAUGACCAUGAUGAUGAAGAAGAUCCGAGGCACCAGGAGCUCCAGGAUAUUCAGUAUGGGAGAUCAUCUGAGGAUCAGCAGAAAUUGAGCUCUCUCGUCUCGAGAUUGAGUGAAGAAGUCGAUCCUUCUCUGCAGUUGAUUGGUCUUACCGAGUUAUGUGAGGUCUUGUCUUUCUGUACUGAAGACUCGUUUUCGCCGAGGGUGAUGGCGGAUACGCUCUCCCGGGUGCUUGUUAAGUUGGCUAAUCAUGAGAGCAAUGCAGAUAUCAUGCUCCUCGCUAUCAGAGCCAUUACUUACUUGUCCGAUGUUUAUCCGCCGUCUGUAGCGUUCCUUGUGAAGCAUGAGACUCUCCCUGCUCUCUGCCAGAGACUACUGACGAUUGAGUACUUGGACGUUGCUGAGCAGUGUUUGCAAGCACUUGAGAAAAUAUCCAAAGAUAAUCCAGUGGCGUGCUUGAAUGCUGGAGCAAUUAAGGCAGUGCUUUCUUAUAUUGAUUUCUUCUCAACAAGCUUACAGAGAGUCGCAGUUUCUACUGUGGUGAAUAUAUGUAGGGAGCUUUCCUCUGAGUCUCCCUCGCCUAUUAUGGAUGCUGUUCCAAUUUUGUGCAAUCUUCUUCAAUAUGAAGAUCGACAGUUGGUCGAGAGUGUGGCUAUUUGCUUGACAAAAAUAGCAGAUCAAGUUAGCCAGUCACCUGAAAUGUUGGAUCAACUAUGUAGCCAUCAACUGAUUCAUCAAUCCAUACAUCUUUUAAACUUGAAUGGCCGCACCACCCUAUCUCAACCUGUUUACAAUGGUUUGAUUCGAUUGCUAAGAAAACUAUCUUCUGGUUCAACUUUGGCCUUCAGAACGUUAUACGAGCUUAAUAUUGGCUACAGACUUAAAGAAAUUAUAUCCACGUAUGACAUUUCUCAUUCAGUGUCUUCUACACAUCCCAACAAUACAUGUUCCAACCAGGUGCAUGAAGUUCUUAAGUUGGUGAUUGAGCUUCUUCCAUCUUCACUAGUAGAGGAUAAUCAGCUGGCAUUGGAAAAGGAAAGUUUUCUUGUCAAUCAGCCCGAUCUCUUGCAACAAUUUGGAGCAGACAUGCUUCCUGUUUUGAUUCAGGUGCUAAAAUCUGGAGCGAACGCAUAUGUUUCUUAUGGUUGCCUAUCAGCAAUUCACAAGCUGACUUGCUUGAGUAAGUCGGCUGAUUUUAUCGAUUUACUGAAGACUGCAAACAUUUUAAGUGUUUUGGCGGGCAUUUUGUCAAGGAAAGAUCAUCAUGUGGUCGUUGUAGCACUACAGAUUGCUGAAGUGCUUCUGGAGAAAUAUAGAGAUGCUUUUUUGAAUUCGUUUAUAAGGGAGGGCGUUUUUUUCGCAAUUGAAGCACUCUUCAAGACUGAUAGGGGGCAACAGAAUCCAGUAUCUGCUGACGUCUCACAAAAGCCUGUUUCGAAAGAGAAUGUGAAAUGCUCAUUGUGCCAGAUUUUUGAAAGAUCGAGUUCCUCUUCUUCACAAACUUGUAAGAUCGAGAAAGAUUCUGUCUACAUUCUCGCAACACGUAUCAAGGAGAGAUUCUUUGGACCUGAGGUAUUCGACUCUCAGAAAGGCUUGACAGAUGUUCUCCAGAACCUCAAGCACGUGUCAUCAGCACUUAACGAUCUGAUGAAUGUACCUGUGGAUGCACGUGCCCUGCAUACUGAGAAGUUCUUCUCAAUAUGGAAUCAGAUCAUCGAAAGGCUCAACGGAAAGGAAUCAGUGUCCACUUUUGAAUUUACAGAGAGUGGAGUUGUAAAGGCACUGGCAAAUUAUCUGUCUAAUGGACUCCACCAAAGGAAUUUUAGCAAAGGCGAUCCAGAAUGUGAUAGUUUACCAUUUGUUGGUAACAGAUUUGAAGUGUUCACAAGAUUACUUUGGUCUGACGGCGAGGCAACUUCAUCCGUAUUAAUAAAGAAGCUCCAAAAUUCCUUAUCUUCUUUAGAAAACUACCCCACUGUCCUAAGCCAGUUUUUGAAGCAAAGGAACUCGUUCGCGACUGUUCCCAAUGGACGUAGCACAAGUUAUCCAAUCCUAAGAGUUCGUUUUGUCAGAGCAGAGGGGGAGACUUGUUUGCGUGAUUACUCCCAAGACUUGGUCACCGUUGACCCACUUUGCUACUUGGAUGCUGUCGAUCAAUACAUGUGGCCUAAAGUCCAUUUAAAACCUUUAGAUUCCGUCGAAGCAAAAGAUCAAGCUAUGGAAUGCCAAUCUUCUCAGCUGCAGUCGACUUCGAUAUCUUGUCAAGGUGAAGGCUCAAGCCAUAUGGAGAUUGACAUUCCUAAUGCAUCUCAGGGAUCUCAAGAGGAAGACCAAGAGCAGCUUACAGAUUCAGGGGAAGAGAAUACUUCCGAAGAGAAUAAUACUUCCUCAUCUGAAGAGGAGGAUGCGUUAGCUGAAGAGGAUCCGUUACCUAGACUUUUGUUUCGUCUAGAAGGGAUUGAACUAGACCGCUCUUUGACUGUAUACCAGGCAAUUCUCUUGCACAAACUUAAAUCAGGAAGUGAAACUACCAACGAUUCCAAGCUGAGUGGAACCCACACCAUCACUUAUGAAAGGGCUCCACAACUGGCAGAGUCUCAUGAAAAUCAGAUUCUUCUCGGAUCUAUUAUGAACAAUGACGAGUAUCACUCGUUUUUAUCCUACUUGUUUGCUCAUACGCUUGGUUUGCGCUACAUGGGAACAAAUCCUCCUGCGUAUGACAUAUUGUUUCUGCUUAAGAGUCUGGAGGCCAUGAACAGAUACCUCUUUCACCUGAUUUGUCAUGAACGGAUUAAUGCUUUUGGGGAAGGUAGGCUGGAGACUUUGGAUGAUCUCAGGGUGGAGGUUCGUCCUGUGCCGUAUACUGAAUUUGUUAGUAGCAAGUUUACAGAGAAGUUAGAGCAGCAGCUGCGUGAUUCCUUUGCUUUGUCAACGUGCGGUCUACCACCGUGGUUUAAUGAUCUAAUGGGUUCAUGCCCAUUCCUGUUUAGUUUUGAAGUCAAAUCCAAAUACUUCCGGCUUGCAGCAUUCGGCUCGCAGAAAGUCCAUCAUCAUCCACAACACCUCAGCAGUUCAAGUGGUCAUGGUGAAGGGCGCCCAGCAACUGGUAGUUUGCCUCGUAAAAAGUUCUUAGCAUGCCGUCAAAACAUUCUGGAGUCUGCUGCAAAAAUGAUGGAGUUACACGGCAGCCAGAAGGUGGUCAUUGAGGUUGAGUACAGUGAAGAAGUGGGAACUGGUCUUGGGCCAACGCUGGAGUUCUACACACUUGUCAGUAGAGCGUUUCAAGAUCCCGACCUUGGCAUGUGGAGGAGUGAUCGUAGUUCCUUUGCUGGAAAACCAAGGGAGGGCUCCGGAUCUUUGGUGGCUCCUUCAGGACUCUUUCCACGACCUUGGUCAGAUACAUCAACUGCUUUCCCAGAUGUGCUGCAGAAGUUUGUUCUCUUAGGGACAGUGGUCGCAAAGGCUUUACAUGAUGGACGAGUCUUAGACAUUCCUUUCUCCAAAGCCUUCUAUAAACUGGUUCUCGGACAGGAGUUGAGUUCAUUUGACAUCCACUUCAUUGACCCAGAACUUUGUAAAACACUGGUUGAAUUGCAAGCUCUGGCACGUAGGAAAAAGGUUUUCUCAGAAUCACAAAGUGAUGCCCGAGCAGCAGCCAAGUGUGAUUUGAGUUUCCGUGGAACAAAGAUUGAGGACCUUUGUCUUGAAUUUACCCUGCCUGGCUACACGGACUAUGUUCUCGCUCCCCAUUCUGCUAAUGAUAUGGUAAAUUUGGAUAACCUCGAGGAAUAUAUCAAGGCUAUUGUCAAUGCAACAGUAUGUAACGGGAUCCAAAAACAAGUGGAAGCGUUUCGGUCUGGAUUCGACAAAAUUUUCCCUAUUGAACAUCUUGAGAUAUUCAAUGAAGAAGAACUGGAAACUCUCCUGUGUGGAGAACGAGAUCUCUUUAAUAUGAAUGAAGUCUUGGAUCACGUCAAGUUUGAUCAUGGAUAUACUUCUAGCAGCCCACCUGUUCAAAAUUUGUUGGAGAUUCUGCAAGAGUUUGACAAGGAGCAACAGCGAGCCUUUCUGCAAUUUGUAACAGGAUGUCCUCGUCUACCUCCUGGGGGCUUGGCGUCUCUCAAUCCCAAACUUACAAUUGUCCGCAAGCAUGGUAGCGAUUCUUCAGAAACAGACCUGCCGAGUGUGAUGACAUGCGCAAAUUAUCUCAAGCUUCCACCUUACUCUUCCAAAGAAAACAUGAAGGAGAAGCUAAUUUAUGCUAUAACUGAAGGUCAAGGUUCCUUCCAUCUCUCUUAGAUUAGCAUCUUGUGACAAAAGAUUAGCAGAAGCGGUAGGAGGUGAGGGAAGGAGAAGAGUGCAACUGUUGGAAGAAAACAAGAGGAAGCUCUUCUUCGCAUGGUUUAAAGUUUUUUUUUUUAAAUUUCUUAGGCUAAUCAAUAGAUGUAGAAAUACAUUUUAAAAGGAAACUCUUGAUGGAAAAGAGUUGUAUAUUUAAAAAAAUUCACCUCAAAGGUUCUAAUA